CUUAACUGCACUCACCAUCCGCUCAUUAGUUGAGUCAGGUGUGUUAGUUUAGCGCUGACACAGGACAAACUUCAGGACUGAUGUUGAAAAUCUGCGUGGACACAACAGGAGCUGGAUGCAAUUCAAACUCGUGUGAUGGAAAUGGAGGAAGACACAGUGCAAUCUGAGGAAGAGAGGCCAUUCCCCUACAGCCCUCAGGCAGACUAUUUCUUCAGUAUGACCCAUGAAGAAAGAAUAGAUGCUGACCGAAGAUCUAUCUAUGUGGGGAACGUGGAUUAUGGAGCGACUGCAGAUGAACUGGAGAUGUACUUCAAUGGCUGCGGACUUAUCAACAGAGUUACAAUACCGUAUAACAAAUUCACCGGCCAUCCUAAAGGUUUUGCCUACAUUGAGUUCUCAGAUAGGGAUUCUGCACGCACCGCCAUGUCUUUCGAUGAAACACUAUUUAGAGGACGCAUCAUUAAGGUGUUGCCCAAAAGAACAAAUGUUCCAGGUUUCAGGACUACAGACAGGUACUUGCGAGGAGGCUGGACCAGAGGACGUGGUUUCCGGCCCUCGAGAUUUUACAGCCCGUUCAGAGGCUGCAACUUCAUUAGGGAAGAUGGAAGAGCUGAUCCUUGGAUUGAUUCAUUUUGAUAUUAAAAAUACAAUCGUUUAUUUUCCUCCAUUAUCUCCGAAGCACUUAUUUGUGCCAACUAUUGUUUUCAGAUAUUU